AUGAUCAGGAGUGAGAGUGAUCCUGAGGAUUCUGUAUCAAAUGGUGACAUGCAUGAAGAAGUUGAUAUGAGUCCCGAUGAAGAAGGUCAGUUUUAUGAAAAUAUUGAAGGGCUGAGGAAUAUAAUUGAUUAUGAUCACGACCGGGACGGUGCUUAUAGAAUCAAUGAUGGCGAAGUGUAUGAUGGUAGCAAAGAAGGAGAUGACUCUUUGUUGGCGAUCUUUACCGAUGUUGAGGACUUUGAAGAAGAUGAGGAAGACGAGGAAGAUAAUUUUAUGGAUGCAAUUAGAGAAGCAAAUAAUUUUAAAGUCAAGCGGAAGAAGAACAAUAAAAGUAACAAUAAGAAAAGUAGUAAGAAAAGGCCAAUGGCUCGUGUCAAAGCCAUUAAUGAUCCGGAAGUUGCUCAGCUUAUUUCUCAAGCCAAUGAAGCUUUUGUUAAACAGGAUCUGCCUGAGGCAGAGCGCCUCUUCAAUGAAGUGAUCAAAAAAGACCCUAGAAAUUUCGCAGCAUACGAGACACUGGGUGAUAUUUACCAGCUACAAGGAAGAAUGAAUGAUUGCUGUAAUUCAUGGUUUUUAGCAGCACACUUGAAUGCUUCUGAUUGGGAGUUUUGGAAAAUUGUAGCUAUCUUAUCUUCAGAUCUUGGACACAUCAGACAGGCAAUUUAUUGUUUCUCAAGGGUAAUCCACUUAAACAAAGAAGAAUGGGAAUGUAUUUAUAGGAGAGCUUUGCUUUACAAGCAAACUGGUCAAAUUGCAAGAGCGUUGGAUGGCUUCCAGAAGAUGUACACUAAGAGUCCGUCAGAUGCUAAUAUUUUGAGAGAACUUGCUAUUUUAUAUGUAGACUAUAACAAGGUUGAGAAAGCUAUUGAGCUCUAUCUUGAAAGUUUUGAAAAGAAUAUUAAAAGGCGACAGGCAAUAAUUAGAGCAUCAGAAGCAGUGUUUGAGUCUUCAGAUGACGAUGACGAUGAUGAUCCAAAUUCUAAAAACUCGGAUGAAGACCAAGGAGAUGAGGACGAUUAUGAUAUACAAAAUCCAGAGGAACUGAAUAUGUAUCCAACUGUUGAUUUUAAAAAAAUUAACAAGAAAUAUAAUUGCGUGUUCUUUGAGUGGUCGAGUUUGAAUAUUUUAGCAGAACUUUGUCUAAAAAGCAAUCAGAAAAAGCUUGAUAGUAUAUCAUUGAUUAAACGGUGUGCUAGGUGGAUUCAGCAUAGAGAGGGUCAGACUUUUUGGGAUGAUGUACACGAUGACUCUGAAUUUGAUGAUAGGAGAGCAAAGAAUGGUAGAUAUGAUGCAUUACCAGAAUCGGAGAAGACAAAGUCAUACUCAAUGCCAAUUGAUAUUAGGAUUCGUUUAGGUCUUUUGCACCUACGAAAUGAGAAUGUCAUGGAAGCUCUUAAUCACUUUCAAUUUCUUUAUGACGAGCCGUUUUCUGAUGUAUCAGAUUUAUACUUUGAAGUUGGGCUGGCACUGACGAAGUCAGAGAAGUAUAAAGAGGCCAUUGACUUUUUUACUCCAUUACUGUCAAUUCCUGAGUGGUGUACAAUCGAGUUGUACGAGCCGCUCACUAAAUGUUAUAAAGAGAUAGAAGACUACGAAAAAGCUAAAGAGUAUGGUGAUAAAGUUCUGGAAAUGGAUCCCAAGUCGAUGGACGCAAAAUUGAAUGUUGCAGAAAUCAAUUACUAUUUGGGUGACAAAACUACCUUUCGCCAGUUGCUAGUUGAUGUUAUUGAAGAAAGAAAACGUCAGGCAGAGUCUAUAUAUGAUCAAGGCCCAACUAAAAAGCCACGUAUAGAAGAAUUUGUCAGUGAGACGGAACCAGAACCAGAGCCAGAGCAUGAAUCAGAGCAUGAACAGAGGGUAGAUAAGGAUACAUCAGAAAAGCCACUUCUGGAAGACAGUAAAUACAGAGUUUUUAAUACAAAGAAAAAGAGAACACCUUUGGAUGCAGAGCGUGAAAGGCUUGAUCGUGAAAAGAAGAUGAGAUCAAAAGUUAUAAAGAAAUAUGAAAAGGUACAUGAGUAUAAGGAAGGUAUGUUAAUGGGAUCAGAUCAAGACACUAAAAAAUGGAUUGAUAUUGUUUCGGAACUAAUUGAUAUAUUUUCUAGUGUCAAAAACUUUUUUGCUAAAAGUAGAUCAAAGAAAUUUGUUGGUAUUAUAAAAAGGACGAAAAAAUUUACCACGCCUAUUGAUUAUAAAGUAGAACAACUUUCUAAGUUAGUAGAGGGAGAAUCAUUUGUCAAUGAUUUACCAGUACUGGAAGAAAGAGUCAUCUUAUCUUCUACUACUGAGCUGAGAGGUUUAACAUACGAUCAGUGGUUUGAAUUGUUUAUGGAACUUUCUCUUGUAAUAACAAAACAUCAAAGCGUAGAAGAUGGGCUCAGUGUUAUCGAUACUGCUCAGGAAGUUAACGUAUUCUUUCAAGAUCCUAUUCGUGCCAAGAUAAUGAGAUUUGUAAAACUGGGAAUUCUUUUGGAGAAUAAAGACGAAUCGGAACUGACAGAGUCAUUGCGUGGUUUAUUAAAUCAAUUUCAAUUUAAUAGGAAAGUGUUACAAGUUUUCAUGUAUUCUUUGGCACAUGGUCAGGAUGCAUUGAACAUUUUAAGUUCAACAGUCCAGCAAAAGUUUUUUCUAAGACAAUUGAAAGCCUUCGAUAGCAUAAGAUAUGACACUCAUGUUACUGGACAGGCUUCAUUAACCAACAAAGAAGUUGAAAAUCCGGAGAGGAGGCCAUCUCCUUAUCUGUAUUAUAUCUAUGCUGUAUUGCUGUAUAGUAGCAGAGGUUUCUUAUCUGCCUUACAGUAUCUGUCAUUCUUGGAGAAAGAUAUGCCUGAUGAUCCGAUGGUUAAUUUAAUGAUGGGGCUAGCACAUAUGCACAGGUCAAUGCAGAGGUUGACUGCUAAUAGACAUUUCCAAUUAAUGCACGGGUUGCGCUACCUGAAGAAAUACUAUAGCAUAAGGCAAUCUAUGUAUACCAGAAUUGAAAGACAGGAAGCGGACUAUAACAUGGGUCGCGCUUACCACAUGAUUGGUCUUGUUUCAAAAGCUAUAGAAUACUACAAGAAGGUGCUGGACAGUUACGAGGACGGUGCUUUGAAGAAGCAUGCAGCUUAUAAUUCAAUGUUAAUAUACCAGGAAAGUGGUAACUUGGAGCUAGCAAAUAGUAUAAUGGAGAAGUACUUGUCCGUGUAA